AAUAGUCAAGCCCAAAUACACUACUUGAUGUGCAGUGUCAGGACUUCACUCUUUCCUUUCAUGAACACGAGCUACUUAGCUCGCCCUUAGCACACGCCAUUCAGGACACCGCAUCAACCAUUGAUGUAUCACGACCAUUCCCUUUGAGCGAAUUUCUCCGCUGGGCCGCAAGCGAGGCAUUCGUAGUUCGGGGCGAAAGCAAUAAAUUCGGGUUUGUCCGGAGUAUUGCCUGCUACCGGGUCAUGAAAUGGCCGCUCUAUCAUGAGUUUGCACUCAUUUGUCUUCAAUCCGACAAUGGAGUAAGAAGCUGGGUCAAAGUAGAAAGGGCAGCCAGAAUUAAAAAUAUCCGACUCCAAAGGGACAGCUUUGGACCCCUGUUUGGUGGGGUGGAGCUUCGAGAGACAGUGACUAUAUCUGGGGACCCUGAGCAGCUGACGCGGAAUUCUAAAGAGAUAGCCUCUAUCCAUUUCGACCACAGCGGCCAUCCGUUUGAUCUUCCUGAGCUUGGCUGUCAAAUAGCAGCAACAUCUGACGUCCAGCCUAUGUACAAGCUUUGGUCGGCGAAUUGUCGCUACUUCGCUCGAAGGUUAGUGCAGAAUGCGCAAGAUUGGUCUGAUGCGCAAAGAAUGCAUCGUCGUCACAACUUCCGCUGGGAUAGCUCCGCUCCAUCCAUGCAAUCGGCGCUCUGUGACGAGAGAUUUGGGGGUUCUCUUGUAGCAGAGAGCGGCCUUGGACCUAAGGUAGUUGGCUUGCAGAACCUUGCGGGUCGUCUUGCUGCCGAAGGUCACGGAGAAGAGGGGUUGAAGGUUUGUGAGGAUAUACUCGCAUUGAUUCGAGAGGCCGUCGAGGAAUCAUCUGAAGCAUAUCAGAAGGCUAUCUUUGUAACUCGGACGGUCAUUGCUUGGUGCCAUCAUGCCCUCGGCCAUUGGCAAAGUUCCCUUGAAUGCUUCCAAGAGGUACUUGAUACUCCACGAAUUAACCUAGACAAUUCCUCUUUCAUACUCACAGGCAUGGCUGGGUGCUACUCCGAGUUGGGCGAUCAUGACAAGGCUACAACAACCGCACUUAGAGCUUUGGAGACAAUGCAAGCGCAAUACAAAAUUGAUAAAUCUAUCCCAACUCUCAUGUGGCUCCUCUCGCUACUGCGUCUCCUUACUGAAUUCCAGGUGGAAUCCCUCAGCCCUCCCACUUCAGUUCUUGCUCCGGCAGCUGAAUUGGUGAUCCGUGCAUGCACACUUUACACCGCCCGACCAGUACUUGGCCGUGACCUGUUAUCUGAAGCCUUAGCAACAUUCUUUCAUGCACUCAGCUACAUCGAUGGGGGUGAAUAUGCAGUUUGUGCUUGUCGAUUGGCUUUGGAUGUUAUGCGGGUUCGGCAUGGCACCCGAGAUUACGGCCAAUCCCGCCAUUUGAUACAAUGUUUCUACGAUCUCGGUUGCUGCCUUGGCAAGAUUGACGAGUUAGAGGAAGCACUGGACAUGCUGAAAACAUCCCGCGACUUGCACAAGGAGCUCAUCCAACGCCACGUGGCGCACCCAGCGGACUACUUUUUAUUGGCAAAAAUAGAAUAUGAAUGCGCACGAACAUCAGAGCGCUUCCCGGGAGGACUGGAAGAAGCGUUCGAGAACCUAAAUAGCGCGAUAUUGACCAUUCAGACAAUAUUGUCUAACGAACUUUGGUUAUGCGACAAAGCGCUGAUACAAGCGAUGGAAUUUCAAUGGACGCUCUUCCGUUGGACACGUGUUUACAAAGGGGGAGAGGGCAUGAUGGCGGCGCUCCUUAAAGUGGAGGAGCUUUGUCGAAGCAUUUCCAGAAGCCCGGGGAACCAUCAUCAGCGGUCACUGUUCGGUGCGUUGUGGUUGCACGGCAAGACGUUGAUUGACGAGGCGGGGGACAAGGACAAGGACAAGGACACCAUCUCCGCAGUCCUAACGGAAUGUGUUUCAAUUGGGCGUCUUCUCGCAACCUCCGUUCCCAGUGAUACCUUUCACACUCAGGACCUCUUAAUCCCCCUUUUCCGCCUCGCCAGGUUCUCUUCCAAUAUUAGCGAAACCAAAGCGUUGUGUGAGGAAGCGUUCGGUAUCUUGUCAAAGUUAGAGCUAUCAUGCAAGCUGAGCGAUCAACAUAUGCUCCAACUUUGCGUCAAAUUAUAUUUCGACGUUCUCUACGAUGUCUAUGGCCGGAAGGAUGUAUUUGACUCUCAUCGUGACUUUGCGGGCAUAUGGCUACCCCAGAUGGGCUCUCUCAAGCAAGUCACCGCCGACUUCUACAUUACGCGUGCUUUGAUGGCGCUGGAGACCGAUCAGCCAGAGGAGGCACGGUCCUGUUGUCGGUUUGCUUUCACCAGCAUCCUUAAUGAUCCAGAGGGAGAUGAAUCCCGUUUGGCGGUGCAAUACGAGGACAUAGGGAUGAUCUACUUCAAGUUAGGUCGUACGUGGGAAGCAAUCGAGAUGUUGCGAAGUUCUAUCUGGUUGUCUUGCCGGGCGUCUAUCACCGACGACAAGUUCAAGGUGCCACUGACAGCAGAUAACGCCGUUCCUGCGGGCGGCCUCAUGUUAAUCGACCCGAACGCACUUAACGCAGUGUCCGAGAGGGUUCGUGCCUUGAUUCAGAUUAGCGAGACAAGUCGGUACUGCACCACUGCCCAAAGAUCGGAAGAACUGUCCUUCCUGAGCAUGACUGUUGCUGGCGAUAAUCCUGAUGCUAUAGCAUCAACUCACUCAUCAGCACUGGAAACCCUUCGUUUUGGGGAAUAGAAAACGACCGCAAUUGAUACGAUGAUUCACACGUUCGGCCGGCCCUUGUAUACAGUUUCAAGGCUGAUGGGGCGGGAUCAGCUGGAUACCCGUUAAUAUUCCUCUUAUUUUUGGGCUCGGUUGUCUUGUAUCUUGAUCGAAUACAACAUACUUAUUGUGGGUUCCGAAAACCGUCUAGGCCACUGACUAAACCUGCUUCAUAUGCUCCGGGUAUAAUGUCGGCUCAUAACUUGACUGUAAUACUUAUGCACACUGCAGGGGCAAUCGAGAAUGCAUGUACGUGUCCGGCCGGCUGUGAUAAUUCGACCCUGCAUUUGCCACAGCCGCCGUGAUCUGGGCAUUCUUCACAGCCAAGAUCCCAUCCUAUAC